AUGGUUAACGGUAUAGCCCCACGAGAAGCUGUCGAGCGGCUCAAGCGGUUCAAAGAGGAAUUCGAAGUUCGGUCGAGGAAACAAGAAAUCUAUUAUCUCGGAGAGGACCUCUUUGGUCUGCCUCAUCAACAGUACCCCAAGCUUGAGAAGACCAAGCAAGAGCUUGGAUACUUAGCCCAGUUGUAUGACUUGUACGUGCUUGUUUUGGAGACCAUCAAGGAGUGGAAGGACUAUCUCUGGACGGAAGUGCCGCAGCAUAUCGAAGACAUGAGGUCUCAGAUUGAGGUAUUCAGCAACCGUUGCAAGAAAAUGCCGAAACAGCUGCGAGAGUGGCCGGCGUACCAUGAGCUGAAGAAGGAGAUCGAGGACUUCUCCGAGGCUCUGCCGCUGUUGGUCGAGCUGGCCAAACCGUCUAUUAUGCCGAGGCAUUGGCAGCAAGUACAGGAGCUCACUGGCAAGGAGCUGCCGGUCGAUUCUGAGAUGUUCAUGUUGCAAAGCUUGAUCGACGCCAAUCUGCAGGAGCACAUCGAUGAGGUUACGGACAUCUGUGACUCAGCAGACAAGCAACUGAUCAUCGAGAAGCGUCUAGCGGACAUCACUAAGCAAUGGAGUGAAGAGGCGUUCCUGUUUGGCUCGUGGAAGUCUCGGGAUUACGACUGUGUCCUGUCCGGUGGACGAGUAGCCGAGAUCCAGGAGAUGCUGGAGGAGCCUGAUGCAGCUGAUACUAUGAACGCUAUGCGCCACUCUCUGCC